GACUCUCCUCUGUACGCAUUUGACGUUAGAGAUCUACCUCUUGGCAGCAGGUGAGGUCAAAUGAAGAGGAAAGCAGCGGAAGAGCUUUGCUGACAGGUGGAUUUAAACAUUUCAGCUGAAACGGAAGAAAUGGACGAUAACAAAACAGUACUGGUCGAGAGCCUCAUUGUGUGGCUGCAGACCUUUAACACUCUCGCGCCCUGCAGAACAGUGGAGGAGCUGACCACUGGAGCGGCAAUAUCGCAGGCACUGCAUCAGAUAGACCCAGCAUGGUUCACCGAUGGAUGGCUGGGUCGUAUCAAAGCAGAUGUUGAGGACAACUGGAGACUGAAGAUGAACAACCUGAAGAAGAUCCUUCAGAUGGUGGUUGACUAUUAUAAUGAGGUCUUAUCCCAGGAGAUAUCAGACUUCCCCUUGCCAGAUCUGGCCCUGGUAGCAGAGCAUUCAGACCCUGUGGAGCUGGGGAGGCUGCUGCAGCUCAUACUCGGCUGUGCUGUCAGAUGUGAGCGUAAACAAGAAUACAUUCAGAUCAUCAUGACGUUGGAGGAGUCUGUGCAGCAUGUUGUCAUGACAGCCAUCCAGGAGCUCAUGAGUAAAGAGACCAUGGCCCCAUUUGGAGCAGAGCUGUCAGGGGACUUGGAACAGCAGUUAAAGAAAGCCCUCGAGGAUCUUGCUGAACUUUUAGCUGAGAAAGAAGCAUUAGCCCAACGCUGUCAAGAGCUGGACAUACAGGUGGCUGUUCUUCAAGAGGAACGAAACAGCUUAUUGGCUGAGAAUGAUGUCCUAACUGAUCGGGCCAAUCAGCUCGACACCUUCGAUGACCCUAGCACACCCUCAGGAAGGAAACACAGCCAGUUACAGCAACAACUGGAGACACUGCAGGAGGAGAACUUCAGGCUGGAGGCUGCCAAGGAUGACUACAGGAUCCACUGUGAAGAGUUGGAGAAGCAGCUGAUUGAGGUGCAGCACCGUAAUGACGAGCUCACCAGCCUGGCAGAAGAAUCUCGAGCUCUCAGAGAUGAACUGGACGUUCUCAGGAGCUGCUCAGAUCGAGUGGUGAUGCUGGAGGCCUCAGUGGAAACAUACAAACGUAAACUGGAGAAUCUGGGCGAUCUGAAGAGGCAGAUGAAGCUGCUGGAGGAGAAUAACAUGACCUACAUGCAAAACACUGUCAGCUUGGAGGAAGAGCUACGCAAAGCCAACGCUGCUCGUGCACAGCUCGAGACAUACAAGAGACAGGUCCAAGAGCUACACAGGAAGUUGUCCGAGGAGACAAGGCGAGCAGACAACCUCGCCUAUGAUAUGAAGAAGCUGGAGGAGAAGCACGACACUGUGAUGAAGGAGAAAGAGAGGAUCAUCAUUGAAAGAGAUUCUCUUAAGGAGAUCAAUGAGGAGCUGCGAUGCACUCAGGCUCAACAGCAUCAGCUCUCCCAAGCAGGGAUGCUUCCUUCCAGCAGCCCGAGCCAUGAUAACCUGGCAGCUGAAUUAAUGCCCAUUGAGUACAGAGAAAAGUUCAUCAGGCUGCAGCAUGAGAACAAGAUGCUGAGAGUGCAGCAGGAGGAAUGUGAGCGGGAGAAGAUUGCGGCUCUGCAGGCUCAGCUGGAGGAAGCACAUAAGACGCGCAGUGAGCUGGACACUGAGAACAGAUUGAGCCGAGAGCGGGUCAAUGAGCUGCAGCAGCAGGUGGAGGAUCUCCAGAAGGCUCUGCAGAGUCAGGCGGCCAAACCUGAUGAUUCAAACCUGAAGCGGAAACUUGAUGCACACAUGGUCCAGCUGAACGAGGCUCAGGACGAAAUCAUGAAGAAGAAGGAGCUGCUGGAGGACCUUCAGCCUGACAACACUCAGACCUCUUUGAGGGUGGAUGAGUUGAUGGCUGCUCUGAAGAAGAAGGAUGAUGACAUGCGGGCCAUGGAAGAGAGGUACAAAAUGUACCUGGAGAAAGCUCGUAAUGUGAUUCGAGCGCUGGACCCUAAAUUGAAUCCAGCCACGGCUGAGAUCCAGGCUUUGAGGAACCAGCUUGCAGACCGGGACAAGCAGAUUCUCACCCUGGAACGCCAAUGUGAGCAGGCAAGGCUGAGGGAGUAUGAGGAGAAGCUGAUUGUCACAGCGUGGUAUAACAAGAGUCUGAACAAUCAGAAGCUGGCCAUUGAAUCACGUCUUGGUGGACGAACCUCCUCCAUGCUGUCCCCUGGCCAGUCCUUCUUGGCCCAGCAGCGCCAAGUCUCAAACGCCCCACGCCGGGCGCUUUCCAUCAGUGUGCCUGCCACUACCUCCAAAUAGACCUCGUCACGGACCCAAAUGUCUCACCUUUAUUCGGUGAAGGGAAAAAUGCCCUCCCUCCCACAAGUGAGCACUCAAGUGACCUUACACACAUCUGCUCUCAGCACUCGGGGAGGGGUCACAGAUAAGCUGGUUGGGACUGAUGGGGACUUACUUAUCAAACACAACCCUCUAAGUCACCCACCUGCGGUUAUAGCAUACUGUCCCACAACACACUGGCUACAAGCUGGCCUUGCGUAGAGCGUUAACCCACAACCUGUGUUCACCUCACUAGCUAAAGUAGCGCACACUGUCCCUAGAAUAGACUUUAGAGCAUACUUCAUAGUUCUCUGUGUUAUUGCUUUGCCGACCGCAGUCUCAGCUGAACACUUGCUAUAAUCAGUUUAGCCUUCGCUCUUAAAUACUCAAUAAUUUUAUUCAGAAUUGGAGCCUGUAAAAUAUAUGAAUGUGAUUUUUUUUUUUUUUUUUCCAAGGGUUACUUGAAUGCUAAUGCCAAUUUAAUGUAACUUCAGAUGAUUGUUGAUGUAUGUACAACUCAACCAUCAUACUAUGCAGUGAAGAGGGUACUAACGUUGUCAUCCAGCAGACUGAUAAAAAGACAGAUAUGCUUUAGAUGUCUUUAAGAAAAUGAUUGCUAUAUUUGGUGCUGGCCACCAACUGCUUUUAAGCAUGAAACAUCAGUUACUUAAAAUUUUGUUUUUACUAGAAUGGAACAAGCCCAUCAUGUAAAGCUGUGAAAACCCUACAAGUCAUAUUAAGUGAUCAAUCUCAGAGGUGCUGCAACGGCAAAUCUUACUAAAUAAAUCCAGGACUAAUGUAUUUCUCAUGUAUUUUAAACUCCUAAAGUGCGAUGUGACUUCCUCACUGGCAGCAUGCUUUAAAUGAAAACUGGCAGGCCUUUCGAUUCACUGAAUAUGUUGAAUCUUAUUUAGUGGUUAGUAAUGAAGAUGAUAAUCUAUGAAGUUGUACAGCUCUAAUGUAAACAUGAUUUAACACCAGCUUUUGAUCCAAAUGUUGGGACCAGGUUCAGCGUUCAUACAGUACCUGCAAAUUGUAAUAUGAGACUUUUGAUUACUGUAGUCGAUAUUGUAUUUAAUCAUGGACGUGUUUAGUUCAGAGUGAAGAGUGCUGUAGAGGAGCAGUUGUUCUCUUUGGUAUUGUGGGAUAUUGGCUGUCUGAUCUUAGGGGGUCUUAAGUUAAACUGCACUAGUUUCAGUUGAUUGCUUUGUUACUCUGUAUGUUUGCAAUAACACUAAAGGGGCAUUCUGUUAUCAUGGUUUUGCCAUUUGAUCUA